AUGACUGUUUCUCCUAACAUUGCAGAACAAGCAUAUCUUGAUUUAUGUAAAAAAAUUAUUGAUGAAGGUGAACAUCGUCCUGAUAGAACUGGUACAGGUACAAAAUCACUCUUUGCUCCACCACAGUUAAGAUUUGAUUUAUCAAAUGAUACCUUUCCUUUAUUAACCACUAAAAAGGUUUUUUCAAAAGGGAUUAUUCAUGAAUUAUUAUGGUUUGUUGCUGGGUCUACUGAUGCUAAAAUAUUAAGCGAAAAGGGAGUGAAAAUCUGGGAAGGCAAUGGAUCUCGUGAGUUUUUAGACAAAUUAGGAUUGACUCAUCGUCGUGAAGGGGAUUUGGGACCAGUUUAUGGUUUCCAAUGGAGACAUUUUGGUGCAGAAUAUAAAGAUUGUGAUUCUGAUUAUAGUGGCCAAGGAUUUGAUCAGUUACAAGAUGUUAUUAAAAAAUUGAAAACAAAUCCUUAUGAUAGAAGAAUUAUCAUGUCUGCUUGGAAUCCACCAGAUUUUGCUAAAAUGGCAUUACCUCCAUGUCAUGUAUUUUGUCAAUUUUAUGUGAACUUCCCUACAUCUCAACCAGACUCAAAUAAUCCCAAACAAGCUAAAACCGCCAAACCAAAAUUAUCUUGUUUAUUGUAUCAAAGAUCUUGUGAUAUGGGGUUAGGUGUACCAUUUAAUAUUGCAUCCUACGCGUUGUUAACUAAGAUGAUUGCACAUGUGGUGGAUAUGGACUGUGGCGAAUUCAUUCAUACUUUAGGUGAUGCACAUGUCUAUUUGGAUCAUAUAGAUGCCUUGAAGGAACAAUUUGAAAGAAUUCCAAAACAAUUUCCUAAAUUGGUUAUCAAAGAGGAAAGAAAAGCAGAAAUUAAAUCCAUUGAUGACUUUAAAUUUGAGGAUUUCGAAAUAAUUGGAUACGAACCAUAUCCACCUAUAAAAAUGAAAAUGAGUGUGUGA